AUGCGUCCGUCUCGCACGUUUCUGCGGUUACUGACUAUCCUGAGCUUUGGCUGCGGCCUGCUCAUGGCGAGUUUUGCGCUCCACCUCAGGAUCGCUGUAGGCCUACGGGCCGGCGCUGCGGCGCUCGCGACCAUCAGUAACUUUGUCAUGCUGCUAUCUGUUCUGGGCUUCGUUGGCUCGAGGCGCGGCCGUAAAAGUCGUCUCCUGCUCGUGUUUUUCUUCUGCGACUUUUUGCUGGUCACGUGCCUCUUCGCGAUGUGCUACGCCGCCUUCCUCUUCCAAGACGUACUCGAGUUGUGGGUCAAACGUCACUGGACUGCCUCUGUCCUCUCGGCGCUGAGGGACGCGCCGUGCUGCGCCACGUACAGCGAUACGGUGCGGUACCUCACGCACUGUGCAGUGAUUGUCGGGGGCAUGGGCAUCGCAUGUAUGCUGCUGGUCAUCGCGGCCAUGUACUGCGUCGUGCGCAUCGUGACGGUGCCAAUCGUCAUGCGCCGUUUGCAGUCGGUCUUGAACGUCGUCUUCAUGCUACUGGGCACGGCGCUGUUUGCUAUUGGGCUCGCGUGUAAUGUCUACGACGCAAUGACGUCGGGACAAAAGUGGAUGGCCAUUAUCUGUAUUGUUGUCGGCGCGCUGGUGUUUGCCCUCUCUGUGCUGGGCAUUAUCGCCUCAAGGGCCAAAAGUCGAUCGCUACUCCUCGUUUACAUCAUUGGCCUUGGAGGCUGUUUCGUUGCGCUCAUGGUAUGCUCGAUCGGCGCCUUCUCCAUUUCGGACAAUCUGGAGUCGACCUACAAUGUACAAAGCACGAGUUCAUCGCUGGCGUGUGAUUUCAGCCUACCGGGAUGUACUAACUGCACCGAGCUGGUUUCCGAAAUGGCUCGAUGCGAAGGUGCCAUGCACUCCUCCGAGAAUAGCUGGAUUGCGUGUAACAGCUCAGUUGCAUCUGGCGGUGAACAGAGUACUAUCGACAACAAGUGCCUCGAGGAUAUGACGAUACUCAACACCGGAGCUGACCAAGGCCACACAGCAAACGACAUCGCCAAAUGCGGCAAGUGUCCAGAAUGGUCAGCUUCGGACGUACGAGUGUAUCUCCGAAGCAUGCUUCAUCUCCUCGGUCUCUUUGCCCUAAUAGUGUGCCUCUUUAUAGUUGUAGGGUUUGCUGGCGCGUCAGUACUGCGGCGAAGUUUAGCAGGUUAUCAGACCGAUUCGAUAUAA